GCGCCUCCCUCGCCUGCCUCCGCCUACCCGCAGCGUCCAGCCGCUGCCCCAGCUGCUGGGGCCGGCGGCUGCGUCUCCUCGCACCGAGCGGGCAGGCGGCAGGGAGCGGGACGGGACGGGACGCGCGGUCCCGCGGGCCAGGUGAGCGCCUGCUCGGCUGGCAGGGGCAGAGGCGGCGGAGCCUCGAGUGCGCGGAGGGACAGGCACCGCGUCCAGCUGCGAAGAAUGGUUGCCUGGGGAAAAGAGCACUGCUGUGUUGGCAGAAUACAGGAGGCUGUCUUGAGAUUCAGGGCUGUUCUAGCAGUCCUUUUACUUCAUUUGUUCCUGGCUACAGCAAGCAAAGAUCAGGAGGAUUUCCUAGGAAAAUACAAAGCUGUUUUUAGGACUGCAUGUGAAGAUCCUUGGAUUAUGUCACCAAGAAUUUCCCUGCGUCCCUUGAAAGAAUUCAUUGUCUGUGUGCACGUCAAGCUCUAUUCCUCAGAUAGACCCUGGACAGCCUAUGUGUACUAUCAGGAAACGCCUCACAGCAAUCUCUCUGGAGGGAAGUAUGAGCUUGGGCUUACAGGAGAUGGUGAUAAAGUGAGGAUAUGGUUGUUUGGAAACCAAAUAAACACAAGAGAAAGGCUGCAUCAGAACACCUGGUACGAAAUAUGCGUGCAGUGGAAAAGCGAAGACGAGGAGAUGAAGCUGUUCAUCAAUGGAACCAACAGGGCAAAGAGAAGACUACCUGGGAAGGUUAAUUUGCCUGGCAAAGGGAAGUUCUUACUUGGCUGUUCAAGGCUGGCAGGUGCUGCUGCCUUCCCUGACCUGGGUAUGACAGGGGAGCUGUACAUGUUCAGGAUGUGGGAUAAAGCAGACAUCAGGCAGUCUCACAACUGCAAGGACAGCGGUGUGAUCCGCUGGAGGAAGGAGGACUGGCUCUACAACCUGACAGUGGAAGAGGACAACUCCCUGCCCUGUGUUGAGACCACUGCGACGCUGCCUGGCAGAAGACAAGUAACAGCUGACACUUCAGGAGAAUCUUCUGCAACAACCAUUUCUGAUACGACUUCGGAGGAGACCACACAGUCUGCAGAAACUCUUCCCAGCACUGAUUAUUACUCCACUACAACACCAGCAGGAGAAACCAUUUUAUGCAACAUCACACCUGUCUGUAAUUCUUCAGUGUUCUACGUGGGCAAGGUAGAGCUUCAGGCAAGUGAAGAAAGCAACACAUCACUGAAUGUAGACAUAAUUAACAACAUCACCACCAGCAAGCAAGUGACAAAGUUAAUUGCCAUUUCAGCACCCACCCCCCAAGAACUGAGAAUUGCAGAGCUCAACAAAACCUUGCAAGCAGCAAGUGAGUCCUCUGUCCUGGAGUGCAGUGCAGAAAACCAGAGUAUGCAGUGUAAUUUCAUCUUCAGGCUGCCAGAGGGAGAGGAUGUAAGCAGUUUAACAGACAAAGCAGAAACAAGCCAAGUUGACAGAUGCUGCUGCUCAUCACCCAAGUAUUGCUCCUUGGCUGCUGAAGAAUUACAAAUGUAUACUAUCCAAGUGCCACAGCAUUCUCAUCCCAUCUGGGUUCCCCGACGGCGUUCUCCUCUCCCUAGAAAGAUUCUGUCUUUUGUCUCCCCCCCUGCCACACAGAUCCCCACAGCUGCCCCUCUGAGCCCACCAUUCACAAAUCCACGUUCUGCUGGAACUCUCUCCACACCUCCCACUACACAUCCUCUCUUUGAAACUUCGACCACAUCUACUACUGAAGCCUCUGAGUCUUCCACCACUGUUACCACUGCGCUUUCCUCCUCUCAGUCCCCUGCUCAACCUGCCACGCCAACGUCUCCUUCCACACCUUCUAAUAAAUCUCUCACUGUUGCCACUCCUGCCACAGGAUCUGUCCCUAACACAGCUUUAUCAGCUAAAUCUGAUGCUGCACUUAGCAAGGCUGUUACAGUCAUUUCCCCUUCCCAAGGUUUCACUAAAGAUUCUGCACCUUCCUCUUCUGAGCAUCCCCCCAGGCCUUCCAUAGCAGUUUCUCUCUUGGAGACUCCCACCACCAGACCUGUUACACGGAUUGGUGCCACUGCAGAGCCAACCCAGCCUAUUCCUGGUGUUAACAAUGUGACUGCAGCACCUAUUUCUCCCCUUACUCCUGCCACAAUAACUUUGACCCCUACUGUUAGCCCUCUCAACCACUCUGUCUCAGCUUCUCAUCCUCACUCCGCUGCUGAUGGCCACGGUCGCCUGCCUCAUGGGAGCACAGGGAAGACACUGUCAGCUACCACCUACACCACUUCUGUCUACAGCACCAUGAGUGUCAGCACAGCUGAGCAGAUUGUGUCCAAACUAGAGAAUGAGGUAGCAGCUGGCAAAGUGGAACCCAAGGAUGUGGAAAGGAUGGUUGGUGAGGUCAGCAGGGUCCUGACUGCUGCUCAGCCACUGCCUCCCCGAAUUUCUAACAGAAUUAUAAAACUGGUGGAUUCCAUUGGCUUGAAACUCAACUUUUCAGCAGCAUCUGCUGAUUUUGUCUCCCCUUCCUUGGCUCUGGCAGUGAUCAAAACCAACCGUGUCCGCUCCAGCCAGAUGUCUUUUGCUGUCCAGGGUUCAGCUGAUCUCCAGAUCUCUCUGGGCAUUCGUGCAAUUAGUGAUCUGAAUAGCCUGGGAUCAAUCACACUGCCUUCAUCACUGCUGAGGAGUUUGCAGCCUGAGGAGCUGGACCUGGCUUCUAGAAUUAUAUUCAACUUCUUUAAAAAGACUUCUGUCUUCCAGGACCUGUCCUUGAAGAAUGCAUCUUUAAUCAGCAAUGUUAUAUCCUCAAGUGUGGGCAACCUCACAGUAAGCAACUUGAAGGAAAAUGUCACUGUCACCUUACAGAACAUCAAACCUAACCAGGAUAAUUCCACAGUGAGAUGUGUUUUCUGGGACUUCAGGAAGAAUGGUGGACACGGAGGGUGGUCAGCUGAAGGCUGUGUGGUUAAGGAGAGCAGGGUGAAUGAAACAGUCUGCUCCUGCAACCACCUCACCAGCUUUGCAGUCCUGAUGAACCUGUAUGGAAAUACUCCUAUGAGCCCCACACAGGAACUGGUGCUGACUUUUAUAUCCUACAUAGGCUGUGGCCUGUCUGCAAUUUUUCUUUCCAUUACACUUGUGACCUACAUAGCCUUUGAAAAAAUCAGGAGGGACUACCCCUCCAAAAUCCUGAUUCAGCUGUGUGCUGCAUUACUUCUGCUCAACUUAGUCUUCCUCCUUGACUCCUGGAUUGCCCUCUAUGACACACGAGGCCUUUGCAUUGCAGUGGCAGUAUUUCUUCACUAUUUUCUCUUGGUUUCCUUCACCUGGAUGGGCCUAGAAGCUUUCCACAUGUAUCUAGCCCUUGUCAAAGUCUUUAACACCUAUGUGAGGAAAUACAUCCUGAAGUUCUGCAUUGUUGGCUGGGGGCUGCCAGCUGUGGUGGUGUCUACCGUGUUGGCAGUGUCACCAGACAAUUAUGGACUCAUCACCACUGGGAAGGUUUCAGUAAACAGACCUGAUGAAUUCUGCUGGAUUAAAAACCGAGCUGUCUUCUACACUACUGCUGUGGGCUACUUCUGCCUGAUCUUCCUGAUCAACAUCAGCAUGUUCAUCGUUGUGCUGAUCCAGCUGUGCCGGAUCAAGAAGAAGAAGCAGCUUGGUGCUCAGAGGAAAACCAGCAUCCAGGACCUGCGCAGCGUGGCUGGCCUCACCUUCCUCCUGGGGAUCACCUGGGGAUUUGCUUUCUUCACAGUCAGUGAGGUCUUCACUUACCUCUUCACCAUCUUCAACACCUUGCAAGGGUUCUUCAUUUUUAUCUUCUACUGUGUAACAAAGGAGAACGUCCGGAAGCAGUGGAGGAGGUAUCUGUGCUGUGGGAAAUUCAGGCUGGCUGAAAACUCUGACUGGAGCAGAACUGCUACUAACGGCUUAAAGAAGCAGACUGUGAACCAAGGAGUGUCCAGUUCUUCCAAUUCCUUGCAGUCCAACAGCAACUCCACCAACUCUACGACGCUGCUGAUGAACAACGACUACGCAGUGCACGCCAACGGCAACGGCCAGCUGCCCAGUGAGAAGAGCAGUGUCUCUUUCAGCCUGCAGAACGGCGACCUGUGUCUCCACGACUUCCCCGGCAAGCAGCUGGCAGCUGAGGACAAGGAUGACACAAGCAGCCAGAAAAGCCACACCAACCUCAGAAGGACUUCAAAGAGGGGCAGCCUCACUUCCAUGGAGAAAAUGUGAUCCCCUUUUCAGCAGCACAUUGGAGAUUCCUCUUGCAGUGUGCCCUGGAGAUUUACUUUCCCCAGAGUUACAUAAUGUGAGCAGACCAAGAACUGAUCUUAUUUAAUACACGGUACUGGAACUUCAAGGCAGCCAUGCAGUGGAGUGAGGACAAUUA